ACUAAAAAUACCUUUAAUUCUAGUAACCUUUUACUUUUUACUUACAAAUUUAAUGUGUUUUGAAACAAAUUAGAUAGAACAAAGACACUUAGACACUCAGACUAACACACUUAACACAACAUUGUUUUGUUCUUCGUUUAAGUUUAUUUAAAAUGGACCAAACACAGAAUGCAAUUCCACCAUCGAAGACUUCACGAAUUCGUCGGAUUCGAGCUGAGCAGGCGAACCGGCAGAUUGAAGAGAAAUAUGAAGUUCCCAUACUUGACACCAGAGCCCACUACAGAGCAAUGUGUAGACGAAAUGGUAUGGAUAGACGAUAUAUAAAAGAUUAUGAUUACAAUCAGGAUGACAACUUGAAACAUAAGUGUAACGAUCUACCAGAUAUCUUGAUUCGUCAUCCUACUUAUAAGAAAUUUAAAAUACCUUUCGAUGUCAUUUGCAAUGCCAGUUAUAAGCAAGCUUUUGUCAAAUAUGACAAUAAAUUUCGUCAAGAAAUCGAUAAACUGAUUGACAAUCAACCUUGUGCCAGGGAAGCUGCAUAUUUUAUACGUGUUAUAUCGUAUACAACUCUGUGGCCACCAUAUCACAGUGUUGCUGAAAUAAAACGCACCAGUGAAAAUUUUUUCAGUCUCACACGUGAAGAAAAAAAACGUUUUCGUUGGAUAAUGGCUAAUGACUUCGUUUAAAACUGGCCAAAACGAAUCAGGCCGAAGUUAAAGUAUUUGAAAUUUGACAUAUGCUCUUUUGAAGGCUUUAAUUAAGCUGAUGUUUUUGGCCAGUUUUCAAUGAAACUUCUGCCACAAAAAAAAAAACAACAACAACAGAAGAACAAAAACUACCAGGAUCUUAUACAUCAGCACCUUCAUAAUUAGAGCUAUAAUCUAACUUCCUAAAAUUUAUAGAUACAUACAAGUAUUAUUAUUCAAUGCGAAUUCGAUUAUUAAUUAAAGUAGUUAUCUUUAAUGGUUUAUAAAGCAAUAAAAUACAGUACUUUAA